CUCACGCCUGCGCAGUGACUACUGCUGUCGCUCUCGUAUCGCAGGUGUCAACCGAGUCAGCGAUCCUGCUGCAGCUGCGAGAGAGGAAACCUACCUAUCCAGUCGAAAACAUCAGUUCUUUAGAGCGGGCAGCAGUACAGAUCGGACGGCCUAACAAUGAUCGAAUGAGACCUUGAUCUCGUCUCUGUUGCCAGUGCAGCUUAACGCGGGCAAGAAAGGGGCAGCUAGCGGGAGUUUUCCGGGCUUGCGGAGCGUCUUCAGCGGGGAGCGCUGCUGUUCUGCCGCCGCUGCAGCAGCAGCAGCUACAAUGUUCGUACAAGAGGAGAAGAUCUUCGCGGGCAAAGUCCUGAAGGUCCAUGUCUGCACCAUGGAAGGCACAGAGUGGCUGGAGGAAGUCACGGAAGACACCACUAUAGAGAAACUCAAGGAGAAAUGCCUGAAGCAUUAUGUCCAUGGAAGUCUAGAAGAUCCGAAAACUCUUACACAUCACAAACUCAUCCAUGCUGCCACUGAGAGAAUUCUCACCGAAUCCAAAACAGUUGCCGAGGAAAAUCUUAAAGAUAAAGAUUGUUUGUUAUUGAUAAAGAAAAGGCCACCACCAGCUCCACCAAAAAUGGCUGACGUAGCUGCUGAAGAGAAGAAGAAGCAAGAGAACAAAGCUCCGGAUAAGGAUGCCAUCCUCAAAGCCACAGCAAAUCUGUCCACUCGCCACACUGACCGUAUGGUAACUCAGCACAACAUUAGAGAUUUUCAGACAGAACUGAGGAAGAUUCUGGUCUCACUAAUUGAGGUGGCUCAGAAGUUGCUAGCUUUGAAUCCAGAUGCUGUUGAGCUCUUCAAAAAGGCCAAUGCCAUGCUGGAUGAGGAUGAGGAGGACCGGGUGGAUGAAACGGCUCUGCAACAGCUGACUGAGAUGGGUUUCCCUGAGAGUCGUGCUGUGAAGGCUCUGCGCUUAACCCACAUGUCUGUGACCCAGGCUAUGGAAUGGCUGAUUGAGCAUGUAGAUGACCCCAUGGUUGACAUGCCUCUGCCUGGACAAGACACCCCAGGGGCGGCGGCUGCAUCUGCAGCCCCGGCCACAGCCCUAGCCCCAGGUCCCUCCGCCACAGCUUCAGGACUUCAUGCCCGUCUUUCCAGCCAGUCCAGCACAGAGGAGGCCAAACAGGAUGAGCUGACAGAAAUCUUCAAAAGGAUCAGAAGGAAAAGAGAGUUCAGGCCUGAUUCACGGGCAGUUAUUGCGCUGAUGGAGAUGGGCUUUGAUGAGAAGGAGGUGAUUGAUUCACUCCGUGUCAAUAAUAAUCAACAGGAUGCUGCUUGUGAAUGGCUUCUAGGUGACAGAAAGCCCACCCCUGAGGAUCUGGACAAAGGUAUUGAUAACAACAGUCCCCUGUUUCAGGCCAUCCUGGAAAACCCUGUGGUACAGCUUGGUCUCACGAAUCCCAAAACUCUCUUAGGGAAAAGCCCUCAUCCACACUUCUUUCCACAAAACCCCUGUGCUGUGGGCAGGGCUGCCCAUAAGGGGGGGGGACAGCUUUCAGGGGCCCAGCCACUGAGGGCGGCCCAAGAGAGAUAGAUCAACACCCCCGACAGUGCUACGACAUCCGGAGAUUGCCCCCCCCCCACCCCACACUCACUCAGCCGGACUGAGGGGGGCCAAUUCGAUUUUCAGGGGCCCAGUUGUUGGGAGUUUAGGCAGGCCUGGCUAUGUGGUUACUUUAGAUUGAAAUAGUAACUUUUAGUGGCCAAGCGUAUGUGCAAUUAGUGAAUCUAGAGUGCUGUAAAUAUAACAUGCUCCAAGUACAUUAGCACACCGAACCAGUCUCGAGCAUGUCUGUUAACUAUGAGCACAAGAGUGAAUUUUGUGUGCAACAAGCACAGAACAACUCUGAAAACACUAUCAUGAGCCUCAUGCAUGCUUUGAGUAUGUGUAAUACACUACAGACAGAACAGAACUGCUCUGAAACCACUGUAUCAUGAGCCUCACGCAUGCUUUGAUUGUGUGUACUAUACUACAGAGAACGUCUUGGUUACGUAUGUAACCUCGGUUCCCUGAGACGAAGGGAACGAGACAUUGCGUAGUAAUGCAUAGGGGAGUGCCUUCUUACACGAACUAGCUGAAACCUCUCUACAAUAACGCCAAUAUUCUAAUAUGGUGUUUGAGCCCCGCCUGUUUUGGCGCAAAACUGUCCGUUAUAAAAACAGGUGCACAAACACCAUUUCCUCAGAAUUUCUGACUGAGAACAAGGAGCGCACUCUGAGUCUUGUAGUGCAGCUAGCGUUCGCAAUGUCUCGUUCCCUUCGUCUCAGGGAACCGAGGUUACGCUUGUCAUUGUGUAGUAAUGCAUAUGGGGAACAGAAUCCCAUCACGCCGCACUACACGACAUAACUUCCCAGAGAGGAAACAUGGUGCCGCAGUCUUGUGGGACGGUGACCGACAUGAGUAUGCCGCAGUGAGUAAUCUUCGUGUUGGUCAGGAGGGGAGCACUCAUAAAGAAUAUAUUAACUAUAGUCAUAUAGUAUGAAUUAACUCAUGAACCCACUUGGGAAGGGAGUUUAUUUAUUAUGAAAGUGCUUGUGACUUUAUGGUAAAUUAUAACGGCCUGAAUGCAGGCGGUUGUGUAAAUGAUGGGGAGCCCGUAUUUAAAGGAAGGGCAUAAGUAUAUAUAUAUUUGGACAAUGAAUAGCAAGUGCUCUAACAGAGAGGACUUGUGAAGAAAGAGACGUUACGUCUAGGUUGUAAAACCUUGCGAACGUGUUUUGAGGCAGAGGUGUGCCGCUACCGCCUCCUCCACGGGGUAACUGGGCAUAACUGUUUUCUUCACCAUGAUCCAUAUUAAAGAGGAUGGAGUCACUGGCGAGUGCGCUGAGAAGGGCACACGGCAGGACUUAGUUCGUUAUGAGCUUCGGGGAAGAAUGGGGCAGAUUUGCGGUACGCUGCCGUUUGAUGGCGUCCGGACUGCAGGAACCAUUCAUUGAAGUGAGACUGUUCAUCUGGGGUAGACCACUCAAGGUGAAGCUCUUCGACCGCCUUUGAAAAGGCGCGGAGCAUCUCCUUGUCAGUGGUGCUUGCACAUUCCAUCGCUGGGGGGAGGGGCGGCAGCAUCAUCCACUGACCACUCGCCUGAUGCAGCGAGAGACAUGACUUCGUCAUUAUUAUCCCCAGCAUCAGAACCACUGCACGAGAUGAGGCCGUGCGCUCUUUCAGAAGGCCGGAGUUCGUCUCGCUCAUAGCGUAUCGGAAAACAUGCGCUUCGGAGAGAUUGAGGGGCUCGCGGGCCAGGUGCCGCCAUGAGGACUACCUCAAAGUCAUCCUGCUUGACCUCAAGGCCCUGCCGUGCCUCCUCGUGUGAAUCCUCGGGUAUCACAGAAGAGGUGGGUGGGAGGGCGCGGGAGGCUGAAUCGUCCCUCAGAAUGAGGGUGAUUCGCAAGUGAAGCGUCUUGAGACUCAUGCCCUCACAGUGAGGACAGUCUGUCUCCAUGAGCGCUGACUCAGCAUGGGCACGGCCCAGACAGUAAACGCAGCUCUCAUGCUGAUCUGACGGCGGGAUGUGCCUCUCGCACAAGGAACACUUAUGGAAUGACAUAUUUAAAAAGACGCGAAAACGUAAGUGACACUUUUAGAUAUAUAAAUAUAUAAAUUAAUAUAUAUUUAUAUUUAUAUCACACAAUAAACAAUUGCUUUGUAAGGAUACACAAACCCUGCUGAAACGCUAAGGGGAAUCAGGAAUCAAAAGGCACGUAUAUGACUCCAAAUAAUAUGUGCAUGUAGCCUUCUGUUUAAAUAAACAUCCCUUUUUCAGGACACUGUAUUUUAAGUAAAAAUCCAAAUAACUUUACAGAUCUUUCUUGUGAGGGGUUUAAACAAUGUUUUCCAUGCUUGUUCAAUGAACCAUAAACAAUGAAUGAACAUGCGCCUGUGGAACGGUCGUUAAGACACUAACAGCUUACAGAUAGUAGGCAAUUAAGGUCACAGUUAUAAAAACUUAGGACAAUAAAGAGACCUUUCUACUGACUCUGAAAAACACCAAAAGAAAGAUGCCCAGGGUCCCUGCUCAUUAGGCAUGCUGCAUGGAGGCAUGAGGACUGCAGAUGUGGCCAGGGCAAUAAAUUGCAAUGUCUGUACUGUGAGACGCCCAAGACAGCGCUACAGGAAGACAGGAAAGACAGCUGAUCGUCCUCGCAGUGGCAGACCAUGUGUAACAACACCUGCACAGGAUCGGUACCUGCGGGACAGGUACAAGAUGGCAACAACAACUGCCCGAGUUACACCAGGAACGCACAAUCCCUCCAUCAGUGCUCAGACUGUCCGCAAUAGACUGAGAGAGGCUGGACUGAGGGCUUGUAGGCCUGUUGUAAGGCAGGUCCUUACCAGACAUCACUGGCAACAGUGUCGCCUAUGGGCAAAAACCCACCUUCGCUGGGCCACACAGGACUGGCAAAAAGUGUUCUUCACUGAUUAGUCGCGGUUUUGUCUCACCAGGGGUGAUGGUCAGACUUGUGUUUAUCGUUGAUGGAAUGAGCGUUACACUGAGGCCUGUACUCUGGAGCGGGAUUGAUUUGGAGGUGGAGGGUCCGUCAUGGUCUGGGGCAGUGUCACAGCAUCAUCGGACUGAGCUUGUUGUCAUUGCAGGCAACCUCAACACUGUGCGUUACAGGGAAGAUAUCAUCCUCCCUCAUGUGGUACCCUUCCUGCAGGCUCAUCCUGACAUGACCCUCCAGCAUGACAAUGCCACCAGCCAUACUGCUCGUUCUGUGCGUGAUUUCCUGUAAGACAAGAAUGUCAGUGUUCUGCCAUGGCCAGCGAAGAGCCCGGAUCUCAGUCCCAUUGAGCACAUCUGGGACCUGUUGGAUCGGAGGGUGAGGGCUAGGGCCAUUCCCCCAGAAAUGUCCGGGAACUUGCAAGUGCCUUGGUGGAAGAGUGGGGUAACAUCUCACAGCAAGAACUGGCAAAUCUGGUGCAGUCCAUGAGGAGGAGAUGCACUGCAGUACUUAAUGCAGCUGGUGGCCACACCAGAUACUGACUGUUACUUCUGAUUUUGACCCCCCCCCCCUGUGUUCAGGGACACAUUAUUCCAUUACUGUUAGUCACAUGUCUGUGAAACUUGUUCAGUUUAUGUCUUAGUUGUUGAAUCUUUUUAUGUUCAUACAAAUAUUUACACGUUAAGUUUGCUGAAAAUAAAAGCAGUUGAAAGUGAGAGGACGUUUAUAAUUUAAAUUAAUACUAUUAAGGAAUGCAAGUUUUGGCAAUAUUCUUUGUUCAUUGUGUUUUAAUACAUUUAGGCUAUGUUUAGUAUGAAUUUGUGAAUUGUUUAAUUACUGUUAAUGAAUUAGGCUACUGUUAAAAAUAACUUGUAUACAAGUCAUACUGGAUAACUUGUAUACAUAUUUGAGUUUUGUAAAACUUCACGUUGUGGAUCGUGGGAUAUUUCGGACCUUUGAACUUAGUUUUUAUUUGAAAUUAAGUCAAAUCAUAACACUGCGUAAACAGUAACACACAUUUUCUAAGGUGAUGAUGUCAGCUGAAUAUGCCUUACCGGCGAUUGCUGACGUAAUUGUAGGUUGGGUUAAAACGAGGAGAUCAACAGUGCUUGUUGUCAUUCUGUACUUUAACACACGGUGUGUGCAGAAAACAUUAAUGUUCAUUUAUAGAGAAAUGCUCAAACACUGCUUACAUUGAGCCUGCUUCAUCUUCAUCUGUGCGGAUCUUCUGUGAUUUGAAUAAGACAUGACAUGCAGUGCGCAAGCGCCCUCUAGAGGUGGAUGACUGUAUAGACAGCAUCAUCAACGUCUGCUGUCAUUAAAUUAAUCGACGAUUGAUAAGCUUAAUCAUUCUAAUUAUUAAUGGCCAUUAAUUGAAUUUCGAUUAAUCAUUAGACUAAGGUUAGUUGGAUAUUUGCGGCGAGCACAGAGAAGCUCAGUCAGUGACAUCACUAGAAAAGCUAUUUUGUCCUACAUAAGGGUGUUUCCCCUCCUGGUGGAUGUGAUGUUGAGAUAACAUGACCAGCUGAAAGCUACUCGUUUUAUCUCGCUUACCUGUCUAAUGUGCCUUCGAAUAGAGUAUUUCUACAAUUGCAUCAGUAACCAGAAACUUUAUGAUGCUGCGUCCACGCUGACAGUUGUCACUAUAAAGUCUAAGACCACCAUGAUACCUAGUGCACCUUUAAAAUGUAUUUCCAAAUUGGGUGCUGCUCAGUCUGUCAGUUGGUGGUUGGAUGCAGCUGAUGUGUUUUCUUGGCUUUGCAGCAUUUGAGGACAUGCUGGAGAACCCGUUGAAUAGCACGCAGUGGAUGAAUGACCCUGAGACGGGUCCCGUCAUGCUCCAGAUAUCCCGAAUCUUCCAGACACUCAACCGCACGUAAAGCACACCUCAUCACUGGAGCGGUGCAAACCACAGCAUAGAGAAAGAGGUCAAUCAUUUAUAAGAGAAGUGUGUGUGUGUGUGUGUGUGUGUGUGUGUGUGGUAUGACUAUGUUUUAAGUGGAGAAGUCACAGAAGAUGAAUGUAAAAUAAAUACAAUGAUGACAUUUUCACAUCAUAUUACACAGAGGAAAUUAUCUAUUUAUAACUCUACACGAUACUUGUAAAAAAUACAAUGUAAGCAGCAACUUAAUGCUAAAUUGCUAACUUCAUUAUUUCGUUUUUUUUUUUUAUGUUUUAAAAAGAUCUGCUUUUAAUUAUAUUAAACAUACUUUAUUUUAUAUAAUUUCUAAAAAGAGAAGAAAAAAAAUCAAAAACACUUUUGUAUGUUUCUUGUGCACAAAGGUCAAGUCACAACCAAAUUAUUUGACACUUCAAAUGGUACCUUUUGUCAUAGUUGAAUGUUUCUAUAGGGAGAUUAAAUCAUGUGUAUUCAGUGUAUUUUUAUUAUUGGUUCAGAGACAAAACACGUAAUGUAUAGGACUAUUAGUUCCUUCCAAAAAACAAAAACAUGAACGUACAUUGGGGGAAAAGGAAGCACCAGCAAAUUUUGGCAACUCCACACUUGAAGACCAUCAGAGCUUUGUGGUUUCAUUAACACUACAGACAUUUCUGUGAUGUUGUAGAGGAUUAUGUAAAACCAGUUUGCAGCCCCUUAUGGACAUGUAAUAAAUAUUAAAACAUCACCUGAUCCCUUUGUUCCUCUUGCCUUCUUUAUUCUGCUGAUCUAUAAACGGCCGAUUCUGGUUGAAUCUGUCUAAAUGGACUUGUGUCAGUUUAGUCUUUAUGAUCUGUACAGAGAGAACAAAGAUGGUAUAUGUGUGUACUGGACAAUUUGCUCUCUGUAGCUCCUGCAUCAGGGGUUUUCAAGUGAAGUAUUACCUUUAUAUUCAUCUUGAUGCCUCUCUCGCAUCCCUGCAUAUGUUUAAUGUGAAUCUGACUUUACAUGAUUACAGGUGGCUGGACGGAUCUUUUGUUUGUGAAAAUGAAAUCACUUGUCAUUCAUAAAUUGGUUCUACUCAAUCAGUCCCUUUGCAUUGUUGCAGUCUGGUCAAGUCUGUUUUAUGACAAUAUGAAUUAUAUAUGCUCUAAACAUCACGUGUCACUUACUAGUCCUGGCACAGGAUAUUCAGACUGCAAAGUACACAGCAUACUUGUGCAAAACCUCACUCCAGUACUCUAAUAUUUUAAGUUACAUUACAUGUGUAUCUUGAAGUUCCCUGUCUGUGGUGAAAUGCAAAGGCAUUGUUUGCUGUGGAGAUGUUUUGAUGUGUGGAAAUCUUUCAUUUAUGUGAUCUCUUUGAAAUACUUUCUUCUUGAAUUUCCAAAUAAGAAAUAAGUAAUCUAACAAUUCAGUCAGACUCAAGAUUAAAAACAUUAUUUCCAUGUUUCUGUUAUGCAUUAUUUUAUUUUUUUGUGUUUUGAUUUGUAUCUGAUGAAUAUAUUAUGGAAAUGCCGUCAUACUAAACACCAAUUUUAGAAUCAUAGACCGUUGUGUGAAUUAUAUUAAAUGUGCUUUUUUUCCCCCCCUUUUGUUUUGCCAAGCUUGGAGUGUUUCCAUUUCAGUAUUUGAGUUGUGUUGGUGUGAAGUGUGCGCUCAGGGGAUUCUUAGCUGUACCGGGCAAAUAUCUUCUUUUGUAAUGCCUACUUUAUCAAUAAAAAUAACAGUAGUUUAGUGGCUGCAUUAACUGAGAACACUAUGAAUAUAUCUGGAAUACUCUUUAAAUGAAAACCAUACUAUCACUGUGUGCUAUUUAUUUUGAGGCCAAAUAUAAUCAAUCAUGAAACCGUUAAAUGAAAGAUUGUCAUUAUAAUGAAUCAUUAUAUACAGUUUUUAGAAGACGUCAUCCACUGAAUUAAUGGAUUAUGUUCAUUUCGCUGUCAGAAUGGCUUUCAGUGUUUACUUAAAGGAUGAUGUUUAACACACUGAGCAUUUGAAAUCAGACCUCCUUUGUCUUGAAAACACAAGUUAAAAUGUGAACAUUUUUGGUCUUAAUUUAAGGUUAAGAGAUGUAGUUUGACUAGUCAGUACAGACUUAUUUGCAAUGCAGUCUUUUUUUUUUUUUUUUCUGUUGCCUAAAAAAAAAAAUUUAAAAUACAGGUUUCAGUAUCGCAAUAAUUGAAUUUGUAUUUCAUGUACACUUUCAUACUGUAUCCUCUCUUUUAUUUGAAUCAAAUUUUGGUUUGAUUAAGGGAAAGCUAUGAAUAGUAGAAGGUGCUUAAUGAUUACAGUAUUUAAAAAUGUUGCUUUUAAAAUUUAUGUUCAUUCAUUUACAUUCAUAAUGCGUAGGUGAUUGAACAGUAUCAUUUUGGAACCUGAACUUUCAUUGUGUUGAUGUCGGUGUACAAAAAGACCUUGAAAUAAUCGUUUUGUUUUGCUUUUCUUUUCACCCUCUUUUAAAGUAAAUAUCUUGAAAGGCUGGUGCAGUUACCAUUUCACUUUUGUGUCCUUGCUCAGUGUAAAAGCUCAAUUUCAUAUAGGCCCCCCACUCUCGAGAGUUGAAAUGCAACUUUUCUCAAUCCAAAUGUUGAAAAGCCUUGUUUCAUUACAAAUAAUAAAAAAAGGUUUUGAAAUUAA